AUUCCAGACUCGAGCUGAUGUGUGUCAGCGCGACAUGGGGCGGGGGGAGGGUUCUUUUCGGAUGUUUCAUUCGCCAUCCGCACGUCACUCCCAAACUUUUCCUCCCUGCGCUCGGGGAGUCAGGUUGACGCGCCCUGGAUGAGGGGCUCGAGGCGCGGGGCUGGGCGCGCUCCCGCGGAGCUGGAGCCGAAGAGGCUCCCGGGCUGGACUCGGGCUUCUCAGGCAAUCUGACAUCUUAAAGAUUUUGAAGAGGAAACAUUUCAAAGGAACACAGGCUGUAAAAGAAGAAAUCUUCAUGGACUCUGUGUGGAUGGUGCGCCAAUCCAUCCUUCAUUGAGGCCAUGAGAUCUUCUAAUCCCUUGGGUGUUCCCAUGUUCUCCAGUGAGAACUCCUCCACUUCAUUUGGUGCCAUGGGAAAAACCUGAAGGACAGGAAGAAUUGCUCCCGACCUUGUGGCUUUUUCCAGGAUUGCAGUGGCUCUUACAGACCAUGAUAAUUGGAGAUCAUUCGUGCUGUCUUUCGGAGUCGAACCAAAGAACACGCUUCCUCAUUCUCUGGUGUUUUAGCGCCUGAUCAUUUUUAUAUUUGUUUCUGUUGCUUGUGCCUUUCAACCAUCGUAUGUGAUCACGAGACGUCCUUGAAGUUUGCCAGCACGACUUGCAGGCAUCCGGACUCCCUGGGGGCUCGCCCAUGGCUUGGUGGGCCGGCAGCCCAAGGGCAUUACGAUGAGGCACUGCAUUAAUUGCUGCAUCCAGCUGUUGCCGGACGAAGCACACACACAGCAGGUCAGCUGCCGAGGAGGCCCCCAUCACAGUCGCCAGGAGUGCCCCAUGUGCAAAGGAGAAAACAAAAUUGUGUUUCGAGUGGACGGUAAGCAGAUGAACUUGCUUGCCGUUCUCGAAGUGAGAGCUGAAGGGAAUGAGAGCUGGAGUGGGUUUUUGCGCUUCAAGAAGGGGAAGCGAUGCAGCCUCGUUUUUGGAUUGAUAAUAAUGACGUUGGUGAUGGCUUCUUACAUCCUUUCUGGGGUCCACCAGGAGCUUCUGCUCUCAUCGCCUUUCCAUUACGGAGCCCUCCCCAGCAAUCCCAGCUUGAUGGAUAGUGAAAAUCCGAGUGACACAAAAGAGCAUCAUCACCAGCCCUCUGUAAAUAAUAUUUCGUAUGUGAAGGACGAUCCAAGCAUUAAAUUAAUUAUCAACAGCAUCACAGCCAGGAUUGAGUUCACAACCAGACAGCUCCCAGACGUGGAAGAUCUCAAGAAGCAGGAAUUGCACAUGUUUUCAGUCAUCCCGCACAAAUUCCUCCCCAACAGUAAGAGCCCCUGUUGGUACGAGGAGUUCACGGGGAGGAACACCACCGACCCCUACCUGACCAACUCCUACGUGCUCUACUCCAAGCGCUUCCGCUCCACCUUCGACGCCCUGCGCAAGGCCUUCUGGGGCCACCUGUCCCACGCGCACGGCAAGCACUUCCGCCUCCGCUGCCUGCCGCACUUCUACAUCAUCGGGCAGCCCAAGUGCGGCACCACCGACCUCUACGACCGCCUGCGGCUGCACCCGGAAGUGAAGUUCUCCGCCAUCAAGGAGCCGCACUGGUGGACCCGGAAGCGCUUCGGAAUCGUCCGCCUGAGAGAUGGUCUGCGGGACCGCUAUCCCGUGGAAGAUUAUCUGGACCUCUUUGACCUGGCUGCACACCAGAUUCAUCAAGGACUGCAGGCCAGCUCUGCAAAGGAACAGAGCAAGAUGAAUAGAAUCAUUAUCGGGGAGGCCAGCGCCUCCACCAUGUGGGAUAACAAUGCCUGGACGUUCUUCUAUGACAACAGCACGGAUGGUGAGCCCCCCUUUCUGACUCAGGACUUCAUCCACGCUUUCCAGCCAGAGGCGAAACUGAUCGUCAUGCUGAGGGACCCUGUGGAGAGGUUGUACUCAGACUAUCUCUACUUUGCAAGUUCGAAUAAAUCUGCAGAUGACUUCCAUGAGAAAGUGACAGAAGCGCUGCAGCUGUUUGAAACUUGCGUGCUGGGUUAUUCACUGCGCGCCUGUGUCUACAACAACACUCUUAACAACGCCAUGCCUGUGAGGCUGCAGGUCGGGCUGUACGCCGUGUACCUUCUGGACUGGUUCGCGGUCUUUAAUAAAGAACAGUUCCUCAUUCUCCGCCUGGAGGACCACGCCUCUGACGUCAAGUACACCAUGCACAGGGUCUUCCAGUUUCUCAGCCUCGGGCCCUUAAGUGAGAAACAAGAGGCCUUGAUGACCAAGAGCCCCGCAUCCAACGCGCGGCGUCCCGAGGACCGGAGCCUGGGGCCCAUGUGGCCGGUCACACAGAGGCUCCUGCGGGACUUCUACGGGCCUUUCAACGCCCGGCUGGCGCAGGUCCUCGCCGACGAGGCCUUCCUGUGGAAGAAGACGUGA